GGAAGCGCAAAAAGCACUGAAGUGAUCAUAUGAUAAGACUUAUUUUCUCAUAAAAAGAAAAAGAAAAAAGAUAAGCAUGUUUGUUUUCUUUCUCCUCUUUCCCUCCAUUGAUGGAAGCAACGGUCAGUUUUUUGUCUGUAGCUGAGAGGGGCCACUGAAGUUUAGAGAUUUGGCUGGAAUGGUCACGGGAAAUUGUUCCAGACAUCUACAACUCUGCAAGUCUCCUACUGGGCACUACAUAAAGUACACUUAUUAUUCCUCAAGAAAUCAACAUGUCUACUAAAUCAAUGGUUCCCAUCUCUUCUUCUUCUUCUUCUUCCUCUUCUUCUUCUUCAAUGGUUUCAUCCCAUGAUUAUGAGAGAUCAGACCAAAAAUCCAUACGGGUACUCGUUGUUUCAAUCAAUAAGUACAUCAGUGAACUCUUAUCAAAUGGUGAGGCCAGGAGUUCUCUAAAACAGAGAUGCAUCUCAAAGCUGAAAUAUCAGAAGCAGGAAUUCUUCGAAUUCGCUGAGCAAUCGGUGCUAGCAAAUUUUUACUGGGGCAUUGACAGCAUUGAAACUGCAAUCAAAACAAAAUGGCUAGAAGAGAGAGCUGAGAGGCUGAGGAAUUCAGAGCGAAUGCUUCAGGUCCCAGCAUUGCUUGAUGAGCAAGAAUUCACCGCCGGAAUUCCAAACCGUUAUUUGGUGUGUUGCUCCUACUUUUACCUCUCAGUAGUAAGGAACCUCCAACAGGAUGAGUGGCAGGCUGCACUGCAUUUUGUCCAAGCCCUGUUGGUGUCUCCAAAACUUGUUCGAACGGAAUUUGCACCAGAACUUUGUGAAAGUCUUUUUCCUUCAAGUACUGUGCAUGAAAAGAAGGAAAAAAUUGGAAGGAGAAGCUUUGCAUCUACACAUCUGGUGGAGUCUGUAGAGAACGAGUACAGUGAAGCAAUGAGGCAGAUGGCAAGGAGAUACAAAGACUGGUUAAUAUAUUAUCAGGUCAUGUUUUAUGGAGAGACUCCUCUGCGGCUUUGUGGUAGCAGAGAUGGUUCAUCCCCUGACAAUGAAUCAGAAUGUUAUAAGCAUAUAAUACCCACUAGCACUGAAUCUUCAAUUUCAACUGAGCAUGGACACAGCUUGGAGAAUUAUAAUAAUUAUGAGAAGGUGCAUCCACUUGAUCCUCAAGAUAUAAUAGAUGAAAUGCUAGAGAAACCUAAGGCAGCCUCUGAAGUUCCCGAAUUUGAAGAUCAUAGGAAAGUGGGUAGAUCAUUGGAUCAACUGUCAAAAUUUCAAGUUCACAGUGGAGAGCUCAAAAGAAAUUCAAGUAUCAGAUGCCUACAGGAUUUGCUGAAGGAAUCCCAGUCAGAUACGCCAACUUCAGAAGAUUCAUGCUACAAUGAUUCUCAGUCUGGCAGUGACAUGGAGGUAGAUAUGAAUGACACAAAAUGCUCAAUGAGAAUUCCAACAACAAAUGCUGAUGAUCCACCGCCAGAAAUUUGUGAUCAGAAGAUGCAGGCUCCUUGCUCCACAUCAGACCCAGAUCCAUGCACUCCUCAGAAAAUGCCGGCCAUUGAAGCCCCUGGCAAAUUAAGUAUAGCCAUUUUGCAAGAUAGAGAUGAAAAUUCAAAUACCCUUUGGAAUCACCAUGUAAAGAAUGAAUCAACUCAGAGGACAUUAAAGCCAGAAAAAUUCCAGCUCUUUAAUCAUAUAGCAUCUUCUACAUCUCUGCAGAAAUGUAGGAUCGCCCUGACCGAUCACCAAGGAAAUGCUGCAAGAAAUCUACAGAACUCAAGAAGCUGGAGAAAAUUUAAUAAAGUUUGUUCACAUUCUCAAAAAGAUUCCACAAGUGAACUAUUGGGAAUACUUGAAACGACAAUUUCAGAGCUGUGUUUUGCAGAAGGAUUGGGAAAAAGUGACGAAGAUUUUGCAGUAGAAGUUACUAAAAUUUACAAAAUGUUAAACUACAAAACUGAAAUAAAAUAUGCUAUGUUAAAGGAAGUAAUUCUGGAUCAGCUGCUUUCAGAUAUAUCAACUUCCAAAGAGGAAAGAGUAAUUAGGACAUCGGUGUCUACAUUGACAACAAUCAUUUCAGCAAACAAGUCAUUCAUCGAAGACAUCAAGAAAAAAGGCUUACAGUUGUGUGAUUUGGCAAGGGCUCUGAAGCAAAAUGUGCAUGAGGCUGCAAUUCUAAUCUAUCUAAUAAAUCCAUCUCCUGCAGAAAUUAAGGCAUUAGAAAUCUUACCAGCACUAGUGGAGGUUGUGUGCACUUCAGACAGUUACAAGGGUAGGACAGCAUCAGAUCUGCUGACACCUCCUGGAGCAUCACUUAUGAUUAUUGAAGUGUUAGUAACUGCAUUUGACCAAACCAUGAAUAACAAGCACUUGGCUGCAAUCAAUUCUCCCCAUGUUCUUUGCAGGCUCCUAGAUGUAGCAAGAACUAAUAAUCUGGAUGAGUUUAUCUCUUUGGCCACUAUACUUGUAAAGUGCAUGCAAUUUGAUGGGCAAUGCAGAAAAUAUAUAUCCCAAUCUACUCCUGUGGCUCCGUUUAUUCAUCUACUACAAAGUAACGAGAAGUGGGCCCAGUUCAUAGCACUCGAGUAUUUUCAUGAGGUCCUUCGCGUACCAAGGUCAUAUGCCAUUAGCUUGUUGCAGAAAAUACAAAAAGAAGGAAGCACCGAUAUUAUGCACAAACUAAUGGACUGUAUCCAACACUUGCAACCCGACUACCAACUUUUGGCAGCAAAUUUACUGCUUCAAUUGGACACAAUGGAUAAUUCAUCUGACAGAAGAGUGUUCAGAGAAGAAGCUAUGAAGGUCCUUCUGAAGUAUCUAGAAUUUGAAGAAAACUCUGAUAUGCAGCUAUUAUCUGCAUUCAUCCUAUCAAAUCUUGGUGGAACGUAUGCUUGGACAGGGGAACCAUAUACAACAGCAUGGUUGGUUAAAAAGGCAGGUUUAACCUCUCCGUGUCACCGGAACAUGAUAAAAAACUUUACCUGGUCGGAUAAAAGCCUACAGGAUGCUUUCACAGACUCAUGGUGCAGCAGGAUGAACAGAAGCAUCAUUAACAUUGGGAAUCCUCUCUUCUAUGCUUUAGAAAAGGGGCUAAAAAGCAAUAUAAGGAAGGUAUCUAGGGCUUGUCUAACAACUAUUGCGUGGCUUGGAUGUGAAAUAACAAAGAGCCCAGAUAGCUUUAGACAUUCUGCAUGUGAGAUCUUACUAAGUGGGAUUGAGCAAUUUUUGCAUCCUGGAUUGGAGCUUGAAGACAGGCUUCUAGCAUGUUUGUGCGUCUAUAACUAUGCUUCUGGCAAAGGGAUGCAAAAACUCAUUUAUUCUUCAGAAGGAGUAAGGGAGUCGCUAAGACGCCUUUCAAACAUAAGCUGGAUGGCAGAGGAAUUACAUAAAGUGGCUGAUUAUUACCUGCCCAACAAAUCACGUAUUUCUUGUGUUCACACACAAAUCCUGGAGGUGGGUCUUAAAGGCAGUGGAGCUGUAUGUGCCCUCAUCUACUACAAGGGACUGCUUUAUAGUGGAUACUCAGAUGGUUCAAUUAAGGUGUGGGACAUCAGGGGGCAAUCAGCCAUACUUGUAGGGGACGUGAAGGAGCACCAAAAGGCAGUGACAUGUUUUUCACUUUAUGAACCAGGAGAUAGCCUUUUAAGUGGCUCCAACGAUAAAACUAUUAGGGUUUGGCAAAUGCUCCAUAGGAAAUUGGAGUGCGUUGAAGUAAUACCAAUGAAGGAACCAAUUCAACAGUUAGACGCAUAUGGCAAAAUGAUUUUUGUACUUACCCAUGGCCAUGGGUUGAAGGUACUUGACGCAUCAAGAACAGUCAAAGAUAUUUGCAGGAGCCAAAAUGUGAAGUGUAUGAGGGUGUUUCAGGAGAAGAUCUACGUAGGCUGCACAAAUUCAAGCAUACAGGAGUUUUCUAUAACAAACAACCGGGAGCAAGAAAUCAAAGCACCAGCAAAGAGCUGGAAGAGGCAACACAAGCCCAUCAGUUCAAUUGUGGCAUACAAAGAUUGGCUUUAUUGUGCAAGCGUAACUGUUGAAGGUUCAAGCUUCAAGGAAUGGAGAAGACCUGGCAAACCCCAAAUGUCAAUAGCAAUAGGCAAAGGAGACAAUGUGCUAGCAAUGGGAGUAGUGGAAGACUUCAUAUACCUAAACUGCAGCUCAUCAACAAACAACAUUCAGAUCUGGUUGAGAGGGACACAGCAGAAAUUGGGGAGGAUUUCAGCAGGCAGCCGGAUAAAAAGCCUCCUCACUGCCAAUGACAUGCUACUGUGUGGCACGGAGUCGGGGAUAAUCAAGGGCUGGAUCCCCUUGUAGCAGAAGAUUUGAAACUUGGAGAUUUGGGUAUCAUCAACUACCAAUAAAUGUAUGCUGCAGAGAAGGGCGAGUUUUGAUUUAUUCAGAGCACAAUAUAUUGUGAAAUGUAUAUCUCAAAGAGGGAUAGAACUAUUGUAUAAUCGAUCACUGUACUUAUACUAGUUUCAUCUUUCAAGAGAAUGUCAGUUUUCAAACGUGUAUAUCAAAGAAACGUUAUCUGUAAUAUUAUGUACCAACAACUUCCUCAA